AAAUUUAAAAAAAAAAAAAAAAAAGUCAGAGUAAUUGCUGACAUAGUUACACUACAAAUAUACCCUCACCCCCACUCAAUCAUUCACUUUGUACUAAAAAAAACAGACAAUUUAACAUCAAAACAACCACAAAGAAUUUUUAUUCGGCCCAACUUCUGUAUUUGUUAUCAGGCUAAUUUUAGAGAACUCUUGUGGGGACUGGGCCGUAUCCCUGACCACAGAGCCAACAGGAAGGAAGUCACCAUUAAAAACACACAGAGCACACUAAAAGUAGCUUCUUUGUUUAUAUCUGCAUCUAACCAAUGAUUUCCCAGCCAACUCAUGUAUUUAGAGAGUGUGGCAGGGUCAGCCUUGCUGCUAGUCGCUGUAGUGUGAUGAAAAAUGCCCCAGUUGUUAAUUAUAAAAGAGCAUUUCUUCGUUUUUGUGUGACAUCAAAUGUAUGAUACAAACCAGAUAGACAUUGAUGUAUUUGAAUAGUGAUCCACAUAACAGGGAAGCAAAUCAGGAAAAAGAAAAAAACUUUCUUGCCUUACACGCUGGAUAAUUAUCUUUCAUUGAAAUGAAUGGGCACAGUUCCCAUAAUAUAUCCAUAAUCUAACUGCUGUAUAAUGUAAUAGUGUUAGAAGAAUAGCAUACAUUUUUGUGCAGAUGCAGAAGCUUACAAUAUACCAAAACAUUUGUUAUAGUAGUGAUUCCUCAAUCCCAUGACCAAUACUACAGUCACCAUCAAAUAAAUACAAAAGCCAAAUCACUUAAUAAUCUAAACUAUAGGAAAAUUACUUAUUGUAACAGUAAUCUGUGGAAUUUCUUUAUGGAUCACAGAUGUUGACAAACCAGUCAGCAGUGUCCUCCCACCCCAGUGAGUCAGUGGGCAGUUACUGAUGCAGGCAGAGGGGAAUUUAGUUUUCAAGCCUGGACAGGAAACGUGCUCAUUGCACCAUACAAACACCCAAGUGUCCCCCAUACACUAGCGGGAAGCUGAGCUUGAGUACACACCAUUAUCAGUUCUACUGUUGCUCUGCAGAGAUGCAAAACAGCAAAUUUCACCAAUGGAAAACUCCUACAUUUACUGAAAAGAAGCAACACCAAGAGGGGUGAAGACAAGAAACUUUGAAAAACUCUGGGAUAUAGACUGGAGAGUGAUAUGGCCUACCUUGUGCAAGGAUUACUCAUUUGUUUGAUGGCAGUGCAGACCAUUCAGCAAGAUGGAAAUAGAACCAGGACCAAAACCAAUAUUUCACCUGGUUUGAUACCAAAAACCUUCAAGGGGAAGAUGUACAAACUUAAUCACACAACCCAGCUGCCGGCCCUGCUCUAUCCCAGCACAAACCCUUGGCUGUAUGUGAACUCUGAGGACCCAGUGACCGCCUAUACCACAGGGGUCCUCAGCACCUGUGUCAUACCUUUAUCAUACAUCCUGGCCAUGCUUGUGGGUAUCCCCUCCAACACCUACAUUCUGGCCUUCCUCAGACUCAGAGCAAAGUCCUUCUCUACAGUAGUUCUUUACCUGAAUCUUGCCUUGUCGGACCUGCUGCUCCUGCUUUCACUGGCACUGCGAGUUCACUACCACUUCAACGGAAAUGACUGGAUAUUUGGGGAAAUCUCCUGCCGGCUUAUCACAGCUUUGUUUUAUGGCAAUGUUUACUGUUCAGCUCAAACUAUAGCAUGCAUCAGUCUGAAGCGCUACCUGGCUGUGGUCAAACCAUUUUUGUAUAGAAGGCUGGCUAAGACAACGCUGGCAGUGUGGACAUGCUUGGUUGUAUGGUUCCUGUUUGGGGCUGCUGUUGUACCUGAGCUCCUAGUCAGGCAGAGCUACCAGAUUACCCAGCUGGGAGUCACCACCUGCCAUGAUGUACUUCCCCUAGAAGAAAAAUCCCAUUCCCUGCUGGUGCCAUACAGGCUGAUGCUGGCUGGUCUGGGGUUCAUCGUGCCCUUCCUGAUUUGCAUAUAUGCCCAUGUGGCAGUGGUAUACCACCUAGGACAAUCUGGUUGUGACUGGAGACCAUUUAUCAGAGUCACCACUCUGGUUUUCGUCAUCUUUGUGGUGUUUUUCUUGCCCAGCGGCAUCCUGCAUAUCACCCACUACAUCCGCCUGUUUUCAAAUGGGGACGACAGACUGUAUGAAUACUACAGAGUAGCGGUGUGUCUCUGCUGCUUCCACAGUUGUCUGGAUCCCUUCCUGUGUAUGCUCAUUUCCAAGACAGCAGCAUCUGAACUACAAUUCAUCUCCCUCCACGGGGUACCUCAGAGGCCGGACCAUUGUUGGGAACCAGCAGGGAAGCACAAGCCCAGAAACAAAGAUGUGAGUUAAGUUAAAAGUAGACACUGAAUUUAACAGGGCAAUACUGGAAUCUGUGUUACGUCCAAAACAACACCAAGCUCUGCAUCUUUAGGAAUUUCAGGAUCAGGAAAGGAACAUUGAGACCAUGAAACCUAUACAAGCUUAUGUCAACCCAGCAAAAUCUCAGACUGAAACUGUUUGCUUGACACAGAAUCAGAGUAUGUUGAUAACUACAAUCUUUCCUCUUUGCCUUGUAACAAGCAAUUGCAUACAAAAGAACAUUAUUUACAUGAACAUUUACUCUUGCCUUUUGAAUUACAUAUAUAAUAUAUACACAAAAGUUCUUCAACAUUAAGCAGUUCAAAUCCGUAAUGAUGCAGUAUUGCAAAAUGGAGCCAUGUCAGGGACGAGUGGCUGCUGUGCAAGUCCAAUAAAACAAAUGAUUAGAAUGAGAUAGAGUUAUGAUGUGCUUACAACACUGGUUUAUUCGCCAUUAAGAAUUUUUUUCCCCCAUAUUUUGCACUUUGAGGAUGUGAAAGGUGCAAGGACAUUUAUUUACAUAAAUCCUAUAUUAAUUAACUCAAUUUAGGGUCA